UGACCUCUCCCAGGAUCCCUCUCGCGUGGCCACAACAAGAUGGCGGCGUUCCGUUGAGCGUGUGGCCCCGGGCUCGGGCCCGAAGGGCUGAUUUACCGUUUGAACUGACUGCUGUCAAAUUCUUCACAAUGGGAAAAGAAAGGAAGUGUAUUUUGUGUCACAUCACUUACAACUCAAAAACGGAGAUGGAUGAACACAUGAGGAGCAUGCUGCACCACCGGGAGCUCGAGAAUUUGAAAGGAAGGGACUGCAAACAUGAAUGCCGUGUCUGCAAGGUAACAGUGGUGGGCCUCUCAGCCUACGCCAAGCACAUCUCCAGCCAGCUGCAUAAAGAGAAAGUGGACACUCAGGGGAGAGAAGAGAACCAGAGAGAUGAUGGCAAAGAUGAGGAGUACUUCGAUAAGGAGCUUCUUCAGCUGAUCCGGCAGCGAAAGGAAGUAAAAAGAAAGAAUGAUACUUCAACAACAUGGAACAGAGCAACAGAAAAUGAUGACAGGCAGCACAGGAGGCCACGAGAAGAUCGACAGGCAUACCCUGAACCCAUGAGCAAGUAUAAUCCGUCCCCAUGGCAUCAUGAAAAAGGAGAGUGUAACUGGGAUUGGGAGUCACGAGAUUAUGGAAACUCCAGAUCAAACAAUUUUCAGUAUUGCCAUUGGAAGACCAAUUCAGGGGCUCCUUGGCACUCACCAAGGGGAUCUUAUAAUUGGCAUUCACAUGGUACAGGAGGCUCGCCACAGUGGUAUUCCAACUACAACUGGCAUUCCAGUGGAUCAGGGGGAGUGUCUGGCUGGCACUCCCAAAGCCAGAGUGGAGCACCCAACUGGAACACCAAUGUCAGCAACAAUGGGGACAAUCCAUCUCAGUACAUGACCACUUGUCCGAAUGCGAGAUUCCAGCCUUGUGUAUUAAACAAUAUGGCGAAACUGCGCAAGCUGAAUAAAAAAGAGGCUAAAAGAGACCGGUAUAUCUGGGAGAACACACAAAACUGGAGGCGGACAGCUGAUGGCAGAGGAGCAGCGUUGGCACAGAGGGACCCCGGUGACAGGUGGAACCUGGGUGAUGGCCCAUUCCAGGGCUACAUGGAUUUCACUAGAGAUGAUGUGACAAAUCAAGGAAUGAUGAUGUUUGACCCACAGGAUGGCAAACUGAGUAAAGAAGACCAGAACGGGGGGAAAGGGUCGAGCCCCUCAAGAGAUAAGAAACAUCGGUGGGCCCCUUAUCGGUCUCAUAAAUCUGCAGAGGUACCUGUGGCAGCCCGAGAUCCCGGGUCUAAACAAAAAGGCAAUGAUGAUUCCAUGAAAGGUAGUAUGUUGCAAAAACCUAAAGAACUAGAAACGGAACAUGAGGGCAGCGCUGCCUCUGUCCCUGGGAAGACAAGUGGCAGCCUGAAUGGCUGUGAGAAUUCUCUGAAUCAGCAAGCAGGUGCCUCUGAGAAUGGAACCAAAAUAAUGGACAAAGAUGGGAAUCGGGUUCCUGGUACACUUCGCACCAAAUCAUUUCCUCCUCCUGAAUUCACACCGUGUGCAUCAAAUUUAGAUCCGACAAGUCUUUUGAAAGAAAAUAAAUCUUCGUGUAGCACAGAAAGUGGGAAGUCCCUGAGCAAACCCGGUUUAGAAACACAGAGCUGCUCACCAUUCAGUAAUGCCAUACUACAGCCAAAUAGCCCACUUACUGCAUCGGGAGCUCCACUUUCAACACAAUCUAGCCGAAGCCUGACUAUACAACCUUCGCUGGAUGUGCCAAACAGUACCGGUAAAUACCAGCUGGACAGCAGUUUGAGUGAAGAGCUCAGGCGUGCCAGAGAAGCUUUGAGAUGCAGUCAGACUGAAGCUGUGAAGUGCAGCCAGCAGGAAGCUUGUACAGAGUCCACAGAGAUUAACUGGAAAAAUAGAAACAAUAAAACAGCUUGCAAGUCCCCCCCAGCAACGGCUAGUGCAAAUCCAAACAUGGCAGAAGCUCGAUUAGGCUGCAAAGCAAUUGGUGAAGAGGAAUUUACUGACAUCUCAGAAGAAACAAAACAAACUAUGUGUGUAGACUCUGCCAACAUUUGUUCAGGUCAGGGGCAACUACGUUUCAAUCCAUUGAAGCAGGAAAUGGCUGUGUUAUAUUCUCAGAAUGGUGAUGGUGUGAAUUGCGAACUUUCAGCUGCAAAAGGAGCAUUUAAGGCCACCUCAGCUGCAGGAAGCAGUGUUCAUUCACCUACCACCUUCUCCUUUGCAAUGAUUGAAACCAAAAGUGAUAAUGAGAUUCAAAGCACUGCUUAUGGCAAGACCAGUGAUAAUUGUUCCUCCGACUCAGAGCUGCAGAACGGGGGUCCUCAAAACUCCAACCAUCUCCUCUCGGAGCUCAACAAACUUGGGCUUCCCACCUCGAUACAGAGAGACCUGACCCGCCACAUCAACGCAAAGGCAAGGCCUGGGACGCAUGUCCCUGAACCGAACCUCAAUAUUGCCCGCAGAAUUCGGAGCAUUGGGAGCCAAAGAAAGAGUGAAUCAGAAAAGGAAUCUGGCCUAAAACCAACCUUGCGCCAGCUGUUGAACGUAUCACGGCGUCACCUCAACUGGGAUCAAGUCAUUCAACAGGUCGCGAAGAAGAAACAGGAGCUUGGGAAGGGUUUGCCGAGGUUUGGGAUUGAGAUGGUUCCUUCCGUGCAAACUGAUCUGGAAGCUCUGGAGCUGGAUGAAGAUGAAAAUUUAUCUUCUCUGGAAGGUUUUCAGUGGGAAGGGAUCUCCAUCACUCCAAAUGGAACUGUCCGGAAGCGCAGCCUCUCUGAAAGCAGUGUGGUCACAGACAGGAGGUCGAUUUACAGCCUGUUUGGCGACGAGGGGAAAGACUCUGGGGGAGUCCGAGCCAGUGAACGUGCACCCAGCAUUCCAAGCAGCCAGCUAUCUGCUGCGCCUUCGGGAACAAACUCACAGGCCUCCCAGGAGAAACCAGCCAACCGCAACAGUCCUGCCUUCCCCAGUCCAGUCCAGUUCAGCGGCAGUGGUGUCAACGCUAUGCCUGAUACGAGCACUUCCACCCGGGAUGUUCCCUUCGUGAAGACUGAGCGGACUUCACAGUCGCCCCUGGAGUUCGAACGUGUUUCCACAAUAAACAGUGGCCCGGGGAAAAAGUGUCCCAACUCCACUAGCGAUGACCCCUGUGGGCAGAACACUGCUACGACAAGCCAAAGGUCCAAGGUGUUCUCCCAGCAGAGUUCUUCAGCUGCAGUACAAGGACCGAAUGCAGCAGAAGGGGCAACUGAUAGCAGCUACACAUCUGGAGGGGAACUCAAUGACGCUCAGACCCUGGGGAAGAAAAGAAGAGCAACAACUGAUGUUCUGUCUCCAGAGGUCCCUUGCUUGGAAAGGAAAAAUAAGAGAAGAAAACUCAAGAGCAAAAGAGAAAGGUGCCAGGUGGACCAGUUGCUGAGCAUUUCAUUACGAGAGGAUGAGUUAAACAAAGCCCUGCAAAGUUUGGAUGGUAACCUGCUGCAGGCACGUGCUACGCUCCAGGCUGCCUACAUUGAGGUUCAAAAGCUGUUGGUUCUCAAACAACAGAUCACUCUGGAAAUGAGUACUUUGAGGAGCAAGAGAAUUGAAAUCCUUCAAGGACUACAAGAAUCAUAUGAUUCUACUGGGGAGCGACUGCCGCUCAGUCCAGCCACUGAAAGGAGCAGCAACAACAAGCUGCACGUUGGAUUGACUGAGCUCAAUUUGCAGACCUCAUUCUCGCCACCCUUGUUGAACAACUCAUCCCUUGGCUCCAGCUCCAUCUCCCGGCCACACAACAUCAAAACAUCCUCUGCCAUCCAGACCUCUAUGGAGAAAGCAAUGCCAGACACUUCCAUUAAGCAAGAGCCUGUCUCUCCAAAAAGGACGGAAGAGAAUGCGAAAGACCCCUGGGUGCCAAGCAGUGGUUUCCAUUCUGCCUCAUCGCAGUUGGCACUUCCAGGAGCUCACAACAAAGGUGAAAUGCGAUCUCUGAGCUUCCCAAUCAUCACAUUGCCACCGCCUCUGCAGCAGCUUGGCGAAGGCCUCUCCUUGCUGGGCCCUGGGGGACCGGGUAUACCUGUGGACUGCAGCAGAAGUGGGAUUGAGGAAGCUCGAGGCACCUUGCCCCCGGCAUUUAGACUCCAGAAAGGCGGUGAGACUGGGGAGGCCCAGCAGAGAAAGGCAUUCGCCAUGCCAGACCAAUCCAACCCACCGGCAGCUGGAAAGUGCCAGAAGGAUCCAAAGUUUCCUGAGAAGGAUCGGAGGAGCCGGGCAAGCGAACAGGUGGUCGAGUCCUCUUUCACCGCCUCGGAGGGCAAAGGCGUUAAAAAGAAGAAGAAACUCAGGAAGAAAAAGUCUGCCCGGGUGGAACAAGUGGGGGAGAACAGCGACACCGAGCAAGACACUGAGAUUUUCCGACCCACCCGCAAACUGAAAAAUAAAAGGACGCCCAAGGGAAAAGUCACGACCUCAACCCCCCAAGAGUCAGAGGGCAUCUCGGUCCCCAGGGAGAAAGGUGGCCCGAAGGGGGAGAGUGAAAUGGCGAGUGCCUCCACGGACAGUGAUUUCUCUGUGGAGCUGGUCGAAAUCCCCAAACCCCAGAUGGAUGUUAUUGAUGUUGAAUCUGUGGAACUGGCGAGUGAGCAGCCUGACAGCCCGUCCAAAGGAGAGCAGCCGAUUCCAAGUCAGUGUCCGAUUGACACCCCCAAAGCAGGCUGCAACGAGGUAACUUCGACCAGUGAGAUGGUGACUGGCCUCACUAAGAGUGUGGCUGAGACACAGACUCCUGGGUCAUCAUUGAAAGGAUCAAGGAACACAUCAGAGGUAUCUUCGGAUGGCGCAGAGGACGAAAAUCCCACUGAAGGAACCUUUGAAGGUCACCAGGCAUCUGUCAAUGCCAUGCAGAUAUACAAUGGCCACCUGUAUACCUGCUCUGCUGAUAAAACCGUGCGCAUCUACAACCUGAUGAGUCGGAAAUGUGUGGGGCUCUUCGAGGGUCAUAGUACAAAGGUGAACUGCUUGCUGAUCGUAAACAUUCAAGGGAAAAUGGCGUGUCUGUAUACAGGAUCCAGUGAUCACACUGUGCGCUGCUACGAUGUGAAGAGUAAGAAGCAGCUGGAGCAGUUCACUUUGUCAGACCGUGUGCUGAGCUUGCACAGUCGAUGGCGUAUCCUAUUCAUUGGGCUGGCCAAUGGCUCUGUGUAUUCCUUCAGUGUUAAGGCUAACAAACAGCUCGAUGUGUUUGACUGUCACGGUCCCCGAGCGAUCAGCUGCUUGGCAACAGCACAGGAGGGAGCCCGCAGACUGCUGCUGGUCGGAUCGUACGAUUGUACCAUCAGUGUUCGUGAUGCCAGAAAUGGGUUAUUGCUGAGAACGUUGAAAGGUCACACUAAGACUGUCCUGUGCAUGAAGGUGGUGAAUGACUUGGUUUUCAGUGGUUCCAGUGAUCAGUCUGUCCAUGCUCACAACAUCCAUACUGGAGAAUUAGUGCGGAUCUACAAAGGCCACAACCAUGCUGUCACAGUUGUAAACAUCCUGGGAAAGGUGAUGGUGACAGCCUGCUUAGACAAACUCGUGCGAGUUUAUGAACUACAGUCACACGAUCGUUUACAAGUAUAUGGUGGCCACAAGGAUAUGUUGAUGUGUAUGGUCAUACACAAGAGCAUGAUCUACACAGGUUGUUACGAUGGCAGUAUACAGGCUGUGCGACUGAACUUGAUGCAGAACUUCCGCUGUUGGUGGUCUGGCUGUACUUUGAUUUUUGGUGUUCUCAGUCACCUGAAGCAUCACCUGUUGUCUGAUCACCACAACCCCACCUUCCAGACUCAGAAGUGUCGCUGGCGCAACUGUGACGCUUUCUUCUCUGUGAAAAAUGGGUCCAAACAGGAUGUUCCCAAGCACCUUUGUGAGCAUGCUGAGGAGAAUGGCCAGGUGGACCCAUGAGAAGAUAUUUGACCUCCCAAAUUGGGAAGCAGUUUAGAAGUCUUUAUAAAAUAAAUCGUCUUUACACAAUACGUUUCCAUCAUUCCAAGGUGAUAAUAUUUAAAACGUGCUGCAGAUCUUGGAGGAGUCUCGAUGGCUUCACAUCUGGACUAAACCUACCAGCUGCAGGUGUCUCAGAUCUGUACGCAACACAGGCUGUGUUGCCUGAAGGGUGAAAGUUGACAGAAUGGGACUUUAAAGGCAUGAAAUGAGCAAAGUCGUGGGAAUACCAAUCAACAAUGGCUGCUGCGCAAGUUUGUGCAGUGUGUACUUGCACGUGUCUUGGACUGCAUGCAGGUGUGUCUCAGUCUGUGUGCAUGAGUUGAUUUGUGUGUGUGUGUGUGUAUUUGAGAGUCUGGGUCUGCGCGAGUGCAUGUGACCAAGUGUGAUACUAUGGAUUUUGUAACUCAAGUACACAUUUGUUUGGCAGUUUCCCACCGUUCAAGAGCUGCCGUGUGGAAUCCUUGCUGAUUCCUGCAGCCAAGAUCUGGUCUGUCAUU